CCCCUCGGCUCGCCCCGGCUCCUGUCGCGAACUGGCUUGAGCGGCUCAGGGUGGGAGACCUGGAAGCGUUAGCCUAGCUGUUCUCGAGGCGGAGUAAUUAGCCCAAGAAACAUUAUAUUCAUAUUUCUGGAAAUGCCACAAAAGGAUCCGUGCCAGAAACAAGCCUGUGAAAUACAGAAAUGUUUACAAGCCAACAAUUACAUGGAAUCAAAGUGUCAGACUGUCAUUGAAGAACUGCGUAAGUGUUGUGCUAAAUAUCCCAAGGGAAGAUCUCCUGUCUGCUCAGGAUUUGAAAAAGAAGAGGAAGACAAGCUGACACUGUGGUCUCCAUCAAAGUAAAGUUCUGCUGAGAAGUUAAAUGCUGCUUCAUUUCCACCAAGAACAUUUCAUUUAUCCUCGUGACUUCUUUCAGGCCAGGUAGCAGCAAAUCGCUAAUGAAAUGUCAAAUACAAGAGUUAAUGAAUAUGCCAUCUAUGCAGAAUACAGAAACAGAAAUGUAUUAAAAGAAAAAUACGUAAAAUGUAAAAAUUGAGCUGCUAAAAUAAAGCUGUUUAAGAAUU